AAUCUGAACAUCCUUUCAAUUGUGCUCUGCAUGCCAUACGCUAAAUGCACAAUGCCGCCUGAAUCCGUGAAGACGCCGCCCCGAAAGACUGGCCGACUUCCCACAUCGUCGAGCCCAGAAGGCGCAACCGACUCAGAUUCGGCCUCCGGCCUGACUCAGUGCCUACUUCAGGACAAAAGUAAUCGUGUCGCCACGGUAACGGAGAAACAGACUCGUUUCUCUCAAACUCCAUCCUCUCGCGGUCCUUCAAGCCCGGCCACAAACAGGCCCACCUCAGUCGCCGACGUGUCCGGCUUCUCUCCGGUCCCUUUGAUCGCAUCAGACCGGGACACCAAACAGACGGUCCGGUUGCUGGCCAACGGUUGUUUGGCCGGCAAGCUGGACCCGGCAACCGGCAACGUCGUCGGUGGCGGUGCGUCCGAAGUGGGCGGCGUCGGGCCGCGGCAGCGUCAGCGGCAACGGCGUUUGCUCGAGACCUCCGCACCGAGUCCCUCCGACGCGACGGCGGUUUCGGUCCCCGAGUCCUCCUGUCACGCCCUGGACCCCCUCGAGGCCUCGUCCACGCCCAUGACGACUCGGUUGCAGAAUCUCGUCCCAUCUUAUCUCGAGGCAACGCAAUGUCCCCAUCGACGAGCUCAAUCUCUGCCGCCGGCCGAAACAUCUGCCGGUCACUGCGAUUGUCCCGUCUGUCCGUCCCUCGCCAACCACGGCCGGUCUGUGGUUGCGGCCAAGCCAGAGGGUCGAACAAUCGUGACGCCGGGCAGAUGCGCCGUCUGUCAGUACACCAGACAACAACGCCAGACCUGGCAACAGACACCGGCUUGCGAUGCUGCGUUUGUCGGUCCGUGGAGCGGAGGCCAGCCGAAGGAGGCGGUGACAACUGGCGACUCGGCCCGACGACGUCAGAUGAGCCUGCGCGCC